AUGUCACAGACCUACAGAGUGGUCGUUAUCGGUGCAGGCGAGAUCAACUUUGGAUCGCCUGAAGGUCCAUGGAAUCACUCUGCGAGGCUAGAACAGAUCUUUCACAGCAGUACGACGUCACUGCAGUUUGUUGCCCUUGUCGACCCAGACGUUGGUCGUGCUGCGGAGCGAAUCCGCGCGAAACAAGGAUCCAGCGAGAACCACAUUCAAUCAGCCUGGAAGUCGACCAGAGUAUGUCCAAGCAUUGUCGAAGCUGCAUCCUUGCUAGCUGCAACUGGAUACAAGCAGGUGAACUUGGUGAUCCUUGGUUGCCCGCCUCACUUCAGAGGCACCAUGCAGCUUGGAAAGAGGGCCGACGUUGAGAUGCUCGAGAGCUUUCCGAACGCCAAAGCAUUUCUGGUGGAAAAGCCGGUGGCAGCCAUCAAUCCCUUCCUUGCAGACGACUGCGACCAAGUUGCUUCUCGAUUCGAAGCGGCUUCUGGCUGGACGAGUGUAGGCUACAUGCUGCGAUACAACAAGGCGAUCCUCAAGAUCCGCGAAAUUCUUGCUCAAACCGGCUUGACGCCAACGUGCAUCAAUGCGAGAUACUUCAUGGCGUACGAGUACGCACGCAAACUCGACUGGUGGAACAAGUCACGAUCUUGCGGACCGGUGGUAGAGCAGGCGACGCACUUUAUCGACCUCGUACGAUUCGUGGCAGGAGACGACAACGACGCCUUACUCGAUACAGUACGGGCAACGACCGUUAAUCACACGGAAUCCGUCGGCUCACUCUCCAAGCUCGGCUUUGAUGAGUCGGCGAUUCCUGCGCAAGAGAGGGUGCCUAGGGUGACCAGUGCCUUCUGGAAGCAUGAAAAGGGCACGAUUGGAACUCUGACCCACGGUAUCACGCUGCACGGCAACACGUACGAUACUGAGAUCGAAGUGCUUGCUGACGGCUGGAUCCUUCGAGUUCGUAACGCUUACGACGCUGUCACGACACUUGCGAUCCGAAAACCAGGCCAGGCAGAGGAGGAGAUCCUCAAGAUUAAAGACGACCCGUUCCUCAGCGAGUUCGAGUGCCUUGUACGAUGUAGCCUGCCUACAGAGGACGAAAUGGCGUGGGAAAAAAGUGUACCGCACGAGCCACUGAGCUCGUUCGCGGAUGCACUCAAGACGUACAAGCUAUCGUGGAAGAUCAGACUGGCGGCGGAGGAAGAGGAUGCUUCCCGCACAAAAUGA